UUGGCCAUGAGGAUGUUCGUGUAAUGUGUCGUCUGUCCGUUGUUGAUCAACUUCUCUCUCAGGCCGUUAUGUUAUUGUGCUGUAGUGGUAAUUGUCAAUUUUAAUUAAUGCAAACCAUUUACGUUAGUUAAUAUCAUAUUUGUAAUAUAUUGUAAUCUGGUAAUAAGUGUGAUGGAAAUUAUAUUUAAUGUGAUACUUUUUUGAUUCCAAUUACUUUAUUGUGAAAUGAGUGAUUUAUUUGAUUUGAAAAACUUUGCUAUUAAAGAUGUUUAAAAAAUUAAAAGAUAAAAUAGCAGAAGAAAUAAAUCAGUCUCCACUAGCACACAUAGCACAGGCAGUUGUUUCUCCCAACAGUAGUUCUGUUUUUGAACCUUCCUCCAGUAAUGACAAGUUUUGUAUUACUGAAGAACAAGAAGGUGAUAUUGAAGAAGAUGAGGUUAAAACCCAGGGAGAGAGGUCAGGAGGUUUCACAUCUGUGGCCCUUACUGGUCAGAUCACCUCACCGUUGAGGGACAAGAAAAUGGGGUUUCGAUCAUCCUCCAGUUCAUUCAAUAUGGAAGCUGAAAAUCUGUUUCCUACGUUUGAUUCACAACCUACAAAUUUCCAUGUUCAGUCGGAUUGGGAGUCAGCUAGCGAGGUGGAGGAUCGGUACAGUCAACUUGAGCACAUUAACAAGGAGAGCCUAUAUGAGGCCUACCGCAAGGUGUACAACCGCUACAAUAGGGUGAAAAACAAGUAUCAGGAACUUGCCACUCACUACCGUCUGCUCGAGAGGGAAAAGGAUAAAGCAAAGAGUGUUUUGGCCGAGACUCAAGACAAAACUUUGAUGAGAAUUGGUGAACUAAAAGAACAGUGUCAGCUGGAACAGCAAGCUAAAGCUCAUCUUGAGGAAGCUCUUCGUAAUGAGCUGGAAGAGCGGGAUCACAUCAUUAAGACUUUAAAAACAAAAGUUCAGUAUUUAAAAGCCGUUAAUGAAGGUACUGUGUCUGAAAACUUGGAUGUUAAAAAAACACAGAAAGCAGAAGGAGAUAAUCUAAUUGACUUCACAGAAAACAUAUGUGUUUCAAAAGUGCCUUUGCCAUCUGAUGCCUCUAAUAAUGAAGAGAGUAUACCUUCAUUAGAAAACCAGUUAGAAAGAUAUAAAAAGUUUUUAUUGGAGAAAACCUCAAAAUUAGAACAGCUGGAAAAAGAAGUAGAGGAAUUGAAGAAGCCAAAGCCUUAUGAAGAAAGAAGUUCACGGUUUGAUAGUGAUGAUAUUAGUUUAGAUCAUCAAAAGUCCAAAGAGGAACUCGAGAUGUACCUGUGUCUUAGAAAUUUUAUUAGUGAACUUGGAGAGGAAGUAAAAGCCAUACAAGAGAACAGAAUAUCUCACUUACCACUGGCAUGUGUAAAUAAACAAGUCAAUCUGCAGUCUAGUGUAGAAGAAGACAUUGAUGAUAAACAUGUGUUUGAAAGUACAGCACAUAUGGAGAAUAGUACCAAAUUAAGUGAGAUUGAACACAACUUAAGUGGUUACGGUGAUGCAACUAACAUUCCUUUUAACAGUAAAUGUUUACAUAAUAUAGCUAAUUGUGAUGAAUUAAAAGAACUGAAAUCCCAAUGUGAAUUACUGAAGCAAAAAUUGGAAGAAGAAGUUGUUUUAACUAAAAACUUAAAGACUGAGUUAAAUUCUGUAAAUGAACUUGUAUGUACUGUUAGAACCAACUUGAAAACAAGCAGAGAAAAUUAUGAAAAUGACAACUUUAAUUUUAAAACAUCUAUACAAACAGAUAGCGAUAUAUUAAGCGAUCUGAAUUUUUGCAUAGACAGUCUUUAUAGUACUAGAAAAGAAUUCAUUGAAUUAGAAAACCUAAAAGUUAAAUUGGAAGAUGAAGUUAGAAACAUCAAAGACAAGUUAAGUUUACUAAAAUCUGAUCAAGCCAUACAAACUGAUUAUGAUUCAGAUAAGAUACAACAUGAAGAAGAAAUGUCCAUAAGUGAAUUAAUGGAUGUAAAUGAUGAACUUAAACAGAAAUUGGAAAUUCUUGAAAAUGAGUAUAGUAAUUUGCAAGAUAAGGAGGUUUCUUUGUCUACAACUGUCAAUGAUCUAACACUAGAAAAUCAAAAACUUCAAAGUAAAAUUGAGAGUUUAAACAUUGCGCUUGAAGGCAUGAAAAAAGACUAUAUUGUACAACAAAUGUCUUCAGAACAAGCUUCUUUGGAUUUUGAUAAAAAUGCAAGUCUCUUAAAAAAUCAAAUUUCCAGUUUAGAAGAAGAAUUAAAGAAUACCAACAUAAAUAAUUCUUUGCAAUUAGAUUCAAAAGAAAAAAAUAUAACCAUUUUAAAGGAAAAUAAUUGUGAAAUUUUACAAAGAAACAGUGUUUUACAGUUAGAAAACGAUAAAUUAAAAAGUGAAUUAGAAAAAAGCAAUGCUGAUAGAAAAAUAUUAUCUGAAGACCAAGAAAAACUUUUGAAUGAAAUGAUCAUAUUAAGGGCACAACAUGAUGACUUAACAAUUGAAAACAAGUCUGUUAGUAAACAAAAUGUUGAAUUUGAAAAUACUGAAGAAAUGACACAACAUGAAGAAAUAUCCAUCAGUGAAUUAAUGGUUGCAAAUGAAGAACUUAAACAGAGAUUGGAAAGUCUAACAAAAGAGUAUGAUGGUUUGCUGGAUAAGGAGGAUUCGUUAUCUACAACUGUGAAUGAUCUAACACUAGAAAAUCAAAAACUUCAAAGUAAAAUUGAGAGUUUAAACAUUUCGCUUGAAGGCCUGAAAAAAGACUAUAUUGUACAACAAACGCGUUUGGAACAAGCUUCUUUAGAUUUUAAUAGAAAUACAAAUCUCUUAAAAGAUCAAAUUUCCAGUUUAGAAGAAGAAUUAAAGAAUACCAUCAUAAAUAAUUCUGUGCAAUUAGACUCAAAAGAAAAAAAUAUAACCAUUUUAAAGGAAAACAAUAGUGAACUUUUAGAAAGAAAUAAUGUUUUACAGGUAGAAAAUAAUAAAUUAAAAAGUGAAUUGGAAGAAAGCAACAGAGAUAGAGAAAUUUUAAUUGAAGAGAAAGAUAAACUCUUAAAUGAAAUGAUUUCAUUAAAGAUGCAAAAUGAUGAAUUAACAAGUGAAAACAAAUCAAUUUGUGAAAAGGUUGUUGAACUUGAAAACUAUAACAAAAAAGCUUGUAAUGAUCUGUUAGUCGCAGCAGAUGAAAAAGAGAAAUCACUACAUGAAUUAAGUUUAUUGAAACAAAAUUAUGAUACUGUGAACUCUGAGAAAAUUAUUCUUACAGGCAAGGUAAGUAAUUUAGAAAAUGAUGCUGAAAAAAUGAAAAAUGACCUUGCCCUUAUACUAGAGGAAAAAGAGAAAUUACUUUGUGAUACAAGUUUAUCAAGAAAAGAAUGUGAUAACAUUAUUACGGAGAAAAAUAUGCUUGAUGAGAAGAUAAAUAAAUUAGAAAAUCAGUGUGAAAAAACAAGCAUAGAACUAGAACUCUCCUUAAAGAAAGUAACACAAUUAACUGAGGAAAUGAGUUCUUUGAGAAAAAAUCAUAAAGAACUUAUUGAAGAAAAUAAAAAUCUACAUAACACAAUUGACAGAGUUAAAAAAGAACUUGAAAGUAACAAAUCCAAAUAUUUGUCUACAUCCGAGGAAAAAAAUAAAAUGUCUGAUGAAAUGCAAUUGUUAAAAAAAGAACAAGAAAGCUUAAUUAUUAUCAAAGAUACCCUCCAAAGCAAAAUUCUAAGUUUAGAAGAUGAACUAAAUGGUACUAAGAAAGAAAUUUUGUCAUCUACAGAAAACAAGAAUAAAUUGAAUAACACAAUACAAGAACUAAAAAAAGAAUGUGAAAUCAAAACUGUUAAAAUGAGUGAAAUUCAGAAAAACUUUGAUAACUUAUUACCUAGGUAUGAAAAACUUCAAAAAGAAAUCACUGAACUAACGGAGGCUAAACUUAAAUUACAUGAUGAACUAGAUAUCCUAAAAAAAGAAUACAGUGAUACUUUUCAGACCUUAAAUGUGACUAAAAAACAACUUGAAGACCAACUAACAUAUAGUGCAGAUUUGGAUAAAAAAUUAAGUGCUUGUUCUGAGACUUUAAAAAGAAAGUGCAAUGAUGUUGAAGAAAAGUGCCUAGAAAAUGCAAGUCUUAGGACUGAUUUAGAAGACUUGUUGAUUAAACUCAAUAACAAAAGUUCAGUGGUUGAAUGUUUAGCUAAAGACAAGGAGCUCUUAAUAAACAAUUUAUUAUUGAGAGUGGACUCAAUGAAAAAUAUUAAAAAUUUACAACAAAAUAUUGCAGUUUUCAUACAACAGUUCAGAGCUGAAAUGAUCAAAGAGUUAAAUGAUGUCAAGUACAAAGUCCAAAAUGAGUUAAUGCACCAUAUAAACAUAAAUUUAGAAAAUGAAGCAUGCACUAAAAAAAUUGCAGAGGCAGAAAAUAAAAGUAAACAAGAUAUUGACUCUUAUAAGAGAAAAAUAAAUUAUCUUCUUAUAGAACUUCAGAACCUUAUUGAUAUGUCAAAUAGUCAAUUAUCUGACAAGGAUAACUCUUUAGAUUCUGUAGAUAGAGUUAGACAUUGUGUGAACUCCAAUAACAAUGUAAUGGAGCAGUGUAAUGGAUCAGAAGAGAACAGCAGUCCGGAAUCAUUGGACACAAAACUAUGUGAACUUAGAAGAAACAUUUUAUUUCAUCAAAAUAGAUGUGACAGCCUGGAAAUUGAAAUAAAUAAAGCUGUGAAUAUUAUAAAGUCUACCAGAAGAGUUUUGAAAGCCAUUCUUGAAGACAAAAUUCUAAGUCCUAUAGUUAAAUUAGAUGGAGAUGGAAUGGAAGUUGAUGAAACAAUAACUAAAAAAAUUCAAGAAGAUGUUUUGGGUAUGGAAUUGUUCUUAAAGAGUCACGAAUCCAAGAAAAGCUAUAAUAAUAAUAAUGCUCCUCAUAAUGCAGAUUUUCCAAAUGGUGUGUUCAUUACCGUGGAGGACACCCUCCAAAACAUAAAUUCACUUACUGUAGACAAAGAGUGCAAGAAAAUGGAAGUUGGCCAAUUACGGCAGGAAAUUAGAAUAAAAGAUGAUAUGAUUAACAAACUGCAACAAGUAAUUUUAGGAAGGGCUGAAGAGGGUGAAAUCGCUUUAAUAGAUAAGUCAACACUUACUUUUACACAACCUACAGUAACUGAUAAUGAAAAAAUUAAUGAAAGACAACUUGUGUUGGAACAUGAAAACAAGUCCUUGUUAGAAAAACUUCAAAAUAUUCAAGAAAAGUAUGAAUUAAAUAUAAAAAGCUUAAUUACAAAAUAUGAGCAGAAAAUUGAAGAGAAAGAAAAACAGAUCAAGACUUCUGAAUUUGAAAUUUUAGGGGCAGAAAAAAGGCACAUAGUAAAUGAAAUGAAAGAACAAAUUGAAAAUCUUCAACAAGAUCUUGAUGAGAGGGGAGAUGCGUUUGAGAAACUGUACGAAGAACAUCAACAGAGUGUAAAAAGCAAAGAAGGUGAAAUACAGCAACUGAGAAGUAAUUACGAGAAGGAGAUGAGAGAACAAGACAAAAAGUGGAGAUCAUGUCUGGAUCGUAGGUUGGCGGAGGAGGAAGCCAGACAUCAGGAGGAGACGGCUGAGCUCACCAGACAGUGGACCAAUCAGAAGAAGGAGUUGGAGACAACCAGUAGGCUAGCAGUAAAAGCUGUUGAAAGUGGUUCAAACAGUAGUGAUAUGAUGCGACGGCAGGUCCAGGCACUCACCCUGCAGCUUACUGAGCUUCAGAGCCACAGGUGUGAAACGUGCGACCAUCAGAGGGCGAUCGCAAGUAAACGCCUGAGGUCUAUCACGUCAAAAUACAGUCAAGACUGCACCGAAAUGGAGUAUCUGAGGAAUAUAUUGUACGAGUAUAUGAUGGGAAAAGAGCCGAUGGUUUUAGCUAGAGUGUUGUGUGCUCUGAUGAAGUUUGAUGAAAACCAAACCAGAGAUAUUGUUCUCAAAGAGAAACAGAAAGUAACAGUUUUCGGACAGCUGGGUAUCCUGUGAUAACUUCCGAUGCUCUGCUUCUUGUUGAAACUGCUUCAUGUUAACCUAUUUUUGUCAUGUUACUCACUGUAUCUUUGAUAGGAAUUUGUAUGAUAUUUAUUGUAUACUGUAUUUAUAUUUAAAUAUUGUACUUUAUACACUAUGUAAUCAGUGAUGAGAGUCUGUAUAAUUUUUAACACCAUGUAUAACAUGUAUUUACUUAUACACCUAUUUAUGUAUAUUUUUUUGAGAUGUUACUUACCAUUUAAAUUUAAAAAAUUAAUUUGUAUUUAUUAUCAUAUCUUAUUAAAAUGUUGAACUAAA